UCAGUUCAGUCAGUCGAGUCAGUUUACUUUGAACCGUCGCGUCGUACAGUGUGGAUUUCCUUCGCGUUCUCUCAGUCGACGCGUUAUUUAUAAACUUCGCCGUCGAUUCAUCAGGCUUUCUCAAACCGACCGAAAGUAUGCGGUGAUUUCAGUGGCGCAUUUCAGUGUCGCGUUUCAAUGAUAUCGAACCGGUGCCGUAAUUCCGUUCUGUUGGUAUAAAUUAAGAAAAUUGUUCCGUUUCACGAGGAUCGUUGCUCAACCAUGCCAUCCAGGCAAGGUGAAAGGAAUUUCUCGACUUAGGCUAAGAUGUCACAUCACAGCGACGACAACAUGCUGAUAGCAACCUCGGACUCUUUCUGGGAGCCAGGUAACUAUAAACGAACGACCAAGAGGAUCGAGGAUGGCCAUAAGCUCUGCGACAGUUUAAUAGCUCUAGUCCAAGAAAGAGCAGAGAUUGAGAAAAGUUACGCGAAAGCGUUGAAAAAUUGGUCGAAAAAUUGGAACGACAAGAUCGAAAAAGGACCGGAAUAUGGAACCACCGAGGCUGCUUGGAAAGGAGUUCUCGUUGAAUCGGAGAGGCUGUGCGAUCUCCACCUCAGGGUCAAAGAGAAUCUCUGUAACGACAUCAUUCACCAAGUGAAAACGUGGCAGAAAGAGACCUAUCACAAAUCAAUGAUGACGUUGAAAGAGCGAAAGGAGAUGGAGGACGCGUUCAAAAAGGCGCAGAAACCAUGGGCGAAGCUUUUGCAGAAGGUUGAAAAAGCAAAGUCCGAGUACCACAACAGCUGCAAAACCGAACGAACCGCGGCGAACAUGGAAAGGAACGCAUCGGCGGACAGUUCGCUUUCCCCUGACCAGAUGGCCCGAGGCUCUGAAAACGUGAAGAAAAUGCAGGAUAGGGUGCAGAAAACGAAGGAAGAGGUACAAAAAGCGAAAGAAAAAUAUGAAGCCGCGUUGCAAGAAAUUAAUCAGUAUAACCCAAAAUACAUGGAAGAUAUGACACAAGUGUUCGAAAAGUGUCAAGAAAUGGAGGCGCAGCGGCUUCAAUUCUUCAAGGAUGUUCUCUUCGGCAUUCACAAAUGUCUCAAUAUAUCUCAGGAUCCAAUACUUCCACAAAUAUACGAAGAAUUCUAUCAUACAGUUAACAACGCGGACCAUGAAAAAGAUCUGAAAUGGUGGUCGAACAAUCACGGUGUAAAUAUGGCGAUGAAUUGGCCACAGUUCGAGGACUACACAGAGGAGUUCCGUGACAUCACCAAGGGCUCAAAAUCGAAGGAGGCUCUUCCGGCUGGCUCCAUCACGCUCAUCAAUCAACGCCCGGUCGGCGAGGAUGUGCAUGAGUACCCACCAGUUAAUAACAAAUCAAAAUCGAAGCCCAGUUCCCGGGUAAUAUCAACAGAUGGAGGCCAUGGGGAUAGCAAAACCGACACGAUGAAUUCCAGCAAACACUCUUCAGAGAAAAACAAUCAUGAUGGUAAUGCUGUAAACAGGACCUCCACGAUGACUAAUGGUACAAACGUUAAGCAAGAAUCAAAUCCAUUUGAGGAAGAAGAAUGGGAUGAAGACAGUGGCGAACCAUUGGUAGAUAAUGGAGAACCAGGUGUUCUUGUACGCGCUUUAUAUGAUUACGAAGGAGCCGAAGCUGAUGAACUUAGUUUUAAGCAAGGCGAUGUAUUCGAUAAAUUAGAAGACGAAGACGAGCAAGGAUGGUGUAAAGGACGAAAAGACGGUAGAGUGGGUCUCUAUCCAGCAAACUACGUAGAACUUGUGUCUCCGUAAAACUACCACAUAACGCCAAAUUACAUGAACAUUGUUAGUUACUUAACACGUAACGCAUACGAAAGCAAAGGGAAGGAACGAAAUUUUUAUUUUGUUGUUUAUUUCUUUACGAAAUAGCGAGUUCGUUGAAAAAAUAAUAAGAAAAUUUGUAAAUGUCGUUAAAUAAUAAUUACAUGAGACUCUAUAUUAGGGAUCGUUCAUUUUGUGUGAUAUAUAAUGAGCGUUGAAAAAGACGAGAAAGAUUAUAAAAUCUUACGGCUCGAUGUUACGAUUGAAAUUCAAAGAAAACUGUUAUAAGAGUGAAAAGGGAAAAAAUGCAUACAUCUACUUCAUUCUAUUUCUCAGAUCGAUGUAGGGUCGAUACGAUAGAACUUAAAAAACGAAACUUUUACUCCUAAUGGGUAAUUGGUUUCCAUAGAUAGUUAGGGUUCUCUACAUCCAUCUAUAUAAAUUAGCGCUAAACGAUAAGAUGGAUACACAUACACCACGAGUAUAUUAUAAGUUUAGAUUUUUGAGA